GUGAAAAAGACAAAUGUGAAAAACCAUAUCGCCUUCUCUCAAUAAAUCAGUCUUCUUCUUUUCCCUCUCCUUCCCACUGCCAGCUUUUCUCUCUCUCUAGUCUCUCUUUUGUAGCUCACUCUACAGCUAAUCUCUGCACUUUUCCGUAGAGAGGAAGAUGAGAUUUUCUCUCUAUCAUCUUAUCCUAAUGCCCUGAGCCAGCCCAAUAAAACCAAAGAGAAACAUCACCACCACUAUAGAAGGUAGGAGAAGAUCUUUUCUUCUCUCAUUCGUGUGUCUACUUCCAACAAUGGCGAUACCGAAGGAGGAAGAAGGUAGAGAAGAGCAUAGCACUUCGUUUCUUCUCGAUGCUCUCUACUGCGAAGAAGAGAAAUGGGAAGACGAAGAAGAAGAAGAAGAAGAAGUAGUUGAAGAAAACUCUUUCUAUUCUUCUUCUACUUCUACUACUUCUCCGUUCGUUCUUCUAGAGCAAGAUUUGUACUGGAAAGAUGAAGAUCUGGUCACUCUCUUCGCCAAAGAAGAAGAACAAGCGCUCAGCUGUCUCGAUGAUGUUUAUCUCGCCACGGAUCGAGAAGAAGCCGUGGGUUGGAUUCUGAGAGUCAACGCUCAUUAUGGGUUCUCUACCUUGGCAGCUGUUUUAGCCAUAACUUAUCUCGACAAGUUCGUCUGUAGCUACAGCUUACAGAGAGACAAACCAUGGAUGCUUCAGCUCGUCUCUGUUGCGUGCCUCUCUCUAGCAGCUAAAGUCGAAGAAACCCAUGUCCCUCUUCUUCUUGACUUUCAAGUGGAGGAGACAAAGUAUGUGUUCGAGGCAAAAACCAUACAGAGAAUGGAGUUGCUGAUUCUCUCUACUCUCCAAUGGAAGAUGCAUCUCAUCACCCCAAUUUCGUUUCUAGACCACAUCAUCAGGAGACUGGGGCUUAAGAACAAUGCUCACUGGGAUUUCCUCAACAGAUGCAACCGUCUCAUCCUCUCCCUAAUCUCCGAUUCAAGAUUUGUCGGGUACCGCCCAUCAGUUGUUGCCGCAGCCACCAUGAUGCGAAUCAUAGACCAAGUUGAGCCCUUUGACCCUCUUUCACACCAAACUAACCUCCUCAACGUCCUUAACUUAACCAAGGAAAAGGUGGAAACUUGCUACAAUCUCAUCCUCCAGGAUCGUAUCGGUUUACAGAUUGAAACCCGGAAACGCAAGAGUCGCGGCUCACCGUCCUUGAGCUCCCCGAGCUGCGUGAUCGAUUCAAACCCUUUCAACAGCGACGAAAGCUCAAAUGAUUCGUGGUUAACGAGUUCGUACACUUCUCCGUCGUCGUCGUCGUCGCCGGAGCAACAACAACAACCUCCGGUGAAGAAGACGAAGAAGGAGAAACCGAUUUUGCAUCUGCCAUGGGCAAUCGUAGCCACUCCGUGAUCGGAGCUUACUGUUUUAAAAUAUUAUUACAGUCUUUUAAACUCGAGAACAAUCUUGUAUUAAGCUCCUCGUUGCAUAUACGAAAUGACGUGAAUGCCCUCACCUUCACGGCUCGACAGAGCGUGUAUGUGGAGGGUGUUUAUGACAUUUGACUGCAUGGGAUGCAAUGAAGAGAAUAGAAAUAACCCGAGACUUUUGCAAGUUUUAGGGCUUAAUAAUGUGUUUAAAAUUAUUAGUAAAGUAAUAUUUUUUUAUUAUGUUUUGCAGUAAAAUAAUUAUAGAUGUUAUUUCUCCUCCUA